CUCCGCACACUCCGGAGGGCGGCCCGCCCCUGGGCCGGCGCUGGGGAGAGGAGCGGGAGGUAAUCGCCGCUUCCCGCGGGCUGGGCUGGCCCGGCCGAGCGGCACCAACCGCCCCGCGCUACGGGGCGCUCCCGCACCGCCUUGGCCCCUUUGGUGCCGCCAUUUUGCGCAGCGGUGGCGGGAGGCGCCGCUGGUGAGGUGGGAGCGACUCUGUCAGGUUCUCCGUCCUCAGCCCAGGGCCUGGCUGUGAGGGAGCCUCAGGGGCUCGCAGGAAGGCGAAGGAGCGCUGGGAGGUGGGGAUGCCCUCAGAUCCUUCAGGACACCUGCUCCACAGCUGGCAGUGAGCAGCUGCAGUUCGUUUGGGUCACUGCCCCGAGGGUUGUGACCUUCGCUUUGUCCCCAUGUAUAGAGCACUAAGAACAAGCCUGUUAACAACAUUAAGAAGGUGGGCCAUACUCUAGUUAUCCAGAUUAAGAGACUUCACAUUUGAUCUAAAAAUGUUCAACUCCGCAGAUGUGGUCUUUUCAUUGGAUAAUUUAUUUUAUGAAAGACCAGAUACAAGACAAAGGUACCCGGAAAAUAAAGAGCCCAAGAUUUGCUGGCUUGCACCUGCUCCAGCUAUUGCUGAAAUUCCAGCUGCAGAUGAGUUACAGAGGGAACUGGAAAAAAAUGCAGCCAGUACUCGUAUGGGAGGGAGAAAGCACCAGAAGUUUAUACAACAAUGUAAGAGUAACACUGAGGAAGUAAAUGAUAAAUCACCAGGCCCUCUUCAUGUUGGAAUAGCUUCUGAAAAAGAAGUGCUCCAAUUAAGCACAGGAGAAAGAGAGAAGAUUAGUUUUCCUCAUGAAAGUCUGAAAAUGGUUUCAUUGUUUCUCUCUUCUGACCAAGAAAAAUCUAAAAUAGGAACAGGGGUUUCUCAUCAACCUGGUGCAAAUUUUUCACAAAAUAAGCUAUUAAGUAAUUUUCCAGAAAACAGUGAUGAUGAGAGUGCCCAUUCAACAUUCAGAAGAAGCUUAUUUAAAGCAUCUCGUUAUAUGUACAAAAAUACAGAAUUUAAAGAUAGGUCUGUGGAGGUCAAAGAAAUUGAUACUUACUUAAAUACAAGUGAAAACAUGAAAGAAGUGAGAAAAGAAGAUUUAUGGAGAAAUAAUCAUAAUUCUCCAGUAACUAAAGCCUCAGAUUUUACUCUUCAUAGGGUAAAUAAUGGGGACAUUGCAUUUAAAAAUGGAAUUAAAAUGGAAUCAUUUUCUAAUGCUUCAGAGAUUCUGGAUAUAACAGGAACUACAGGAAGAAAAUUGGAAAGUUUGAGGGCUGUUACAGAAAUACCAACCCAAUUUAGAAGUAUUUUUAAGGAGUUCCCGUAUUUUAACUAUGCACAGUCUAAAGCUUUGGAUGAUCUUCUUUAUACAGACAGGAAUUUUGUGAUUUGUGCUCCAACUGGCUCUGGAAAAACUGUAAUGUUUGAGCUAGCUAUUACCAGAUUACUCAUGGAAGCCCCACUGCCUUGGAUAAAUAUUAAAGUUGUUUACAUGGCACCAAUAAAAGCUCUAUGCAGUCAGCGUUUCGAUGAUUGGAAAGAAAAAUUUGGACCUAUAGGACUCAGCUGCAAGGAGCUGACAGGAGAUACAGUGAUGGAUGAUUUAUUUGAAAUACAUCAUGCUGAUAUUAUUAUUACUACACCUGAAAAAUGGGAUAGCAUGACUAGAAGGUGGAGGGACAACUCUAUAGUCCAGCUUGUACGACUAUUUCUCAUUGAUGAAGUACAUGUUAUAAAGGAUGAAGGCCGUGGUGCAACAUUAGAAGUUGUAGUUAGUCGGAUGAAGACUGUUCAGUCUUCUCUUUGGCGUCUUUUAGAGAAUCAUGACACCGUUCCUCCCUUGAGAUUUGUAGCUGUUUCUGCAACAAUCCCAAACGCUGAAGAUAUUGCAGAAUGGCUUUCAGAUAGUAAGACGCCUGCUGUAUGUCUGAAAAUAGAUGAGGAUCAACGACCAGUGAAGCUACGUAAAAUUGUUCUUGGUUUUCCUUGCAGUGACAAUCAGACAGAAUUCAAAUUUGACUUAACUCUUAACUACAAGAUAGCGAGUAUUAUACAAACAUACUCGGAACAAAAACCAGCACUUGUGUUUUGUGCCACAAGAAAAGGAGUACAGCAGGCUGCUUCUGUUCUUGCAAAAGAUGCUAAGUUUCUACUGAGUAUAGAACAGAAACAAAGACUACAGAUGUCUGCAAAUUCAUUGAAAGAUGCCAAACUGAGAGAUCUUUUACUGUAUGGUGUCGCUUAUCAUCAUGCGGGUAUGGAGGUAUCUGACAGAAAAAUAAUUGAAGGAGCUUUUACUGUAGGAGACUUACCAGUACUUUUUACUACUAGCACCCUAGCAAUGGGAGUCAAUCUACCUGCACAUCUGGUGGUUAUAAAAUCCACGAUGCACUAUGUUGGAGGAGUGUUCCAAGAGUACAGUGAAACUGAUAUUCUGCAAAUGAUUGGGAGAGCAGGAAGGCCUCAAUUUGAUACUACAGCUACAGCAGUUAUUAUGACUCGUUGGAGUACAAGGGAAAAGUAUAUACAGAUGUUAAAUGGUGCUGACAUAAUAGAGAGCAGCUUGCACAGGCAUCUUGUUGAGCACUUAAAUGCAGAAAUAGUGCUACAUACCGUCACAGAUGUUACUGUAGCUUUGGAAUGGAUACGAUCAACAUUCUUGUAUAUUAGAGCCUUAAAAAAUCCAACUCAUUAUGGUUUUUCAUCUGGCUUGGAUAAAACUGGAAUUGAAGCAAAAUUACAAGAACUGUGUUUGAAGAACUUAAAUGAUUUAUCAUCUUUUGAUUUGAUCAGGAUGGAUGAAGCAAAUAAUUUCAAACCAACGGAGACUGGAAGAUUAAUGGCUUGGUAUUAUAUUGCGUUCGAUACAGUGAAACAAUUUUCCACAAUUAAGGGAACAGAGACUUUAAAGGAAUUGAUUACCAUGAUCUCCAAUUGCACAGAAUUUCUGGAUGUCAAGUUAAGAACAAAUGAAAAGAAAAUACUGAACACUUUGAAUAAAGACAAGGACAAAAUAACGAUCAGGUUUCCAAUGGAGGGGAAGAUAAAAACAAGAGAAAUGAAAAUAAACUGUCUUAUUCAGGCUCAGCUAGGAUGCAUUCCUAUUCAAGACUUUACUUUGACACAAGAUACUGGCAGAAUAUUUAGAAAUGGCUUAAGAGUUACUAGAUGGUUAUCUGACUUUCUGGCAUCAUGUAAGAACAACUUUACUGCUUUAUUAAACUCUUUGAUGUUAGCAAAGUGUUUCAGGUGCAAACUUUGGGAAAAUUCACUUCAUGUAUCUAAACAAUUGGAAAAAAUUGGUGUAUCACUGUCAAAUGCUAUGGUAAAUGCUGGGCUGACGACGUUUCAAAAAAUAGAAGACACAAAUCCAAGGGAACUUGAAUUGAUUUUAAACAGACAUCCUCCUUUUGGAAACCAGAUAAAAGAAUCUGUUUUGCACCUUCCAAAAUAUGAACUUGACAUUGAACAGCUUCCAAAAUACAGUGAUACAUUGGCUGAAAUCUUAGUAACCAUCAAAUUAACAAACUAUGAGCAGCUACAGACAAAGAGAACGGCGACAGACUUUCACUAUGUUACAUUGCUCAUAGGAGAUGCUGACAACCAAGUCAUUUUUAAUCAGAAAAUUAUGGAUUCUGUUCUGCUGAAAACUGGAAAUUGGAUGAAGAAAAUUGAAGUGAAAAGAGCUCAUAAAUCAGAGGACAUUAGUAUAAACUUAAUCAGUUCUGAUUAUGUUGGCUUUGAUAUACAGCAACUAUAUACAGCCUUUUACUUAACACCGAAAACAGUGGGAAGUAAGGAGUUUACACAUCAAAAACUGAAAGCUGAGUCUUCACAUGAUGUGUGUUGUGGCUCACCACAAAGUCUGCCAGCAGCAAAAGUAGAUACAGGAGGCAGAUCUAAACAAGAGACUAUUUACAAGAAAUAUGGAAACAGGGAAUGCAACCAUCGCUGUAAAAAUAAAGAUGCGUGUGGACAUGACUGCUGUAAAACUGGAGUACCUCCAAAGUCUGAGAUAAAUGGAGAUUCAAAGUUUUCUUUGUACCUAGCUGAUUUAAGGAGCAGAAACUCAAUUUCAUCUGUACCCCCAGUAAAACGUUUAAAGAUGCAGAUGUUAAAUCAAGCUCCAAAUGUGGAUCUCAAACAAUUUGGUUUUACUCCUAAACCUUCAUUGCCAGCAUUGCCAAGGUCUAGCAAUAAACAGUUGUCUUCAUCACCUUCAGUGGACCGGGUAGAUAAUGUUAAUAGCUUAGGAGUAUCUCAGAAACAACUGCAAUCCUGGAAUUAUGGAAAGACUAAUGUGUUGGAUGUGGACUUUGAACUGAGAGAUGAUGUUUGGGAUGAUAUUGAUGAUGAGAAAUUAGUAUUUGCUAGCAAUUUUGCCAAUAGAGAAUUAGAUAAGUGUGAACCACUUUGCCAAUAUCCAAGCAGCAAAGCCACAAAUGACAUUUCAAUAGAUUUAUGCACAUUAAAAGAUGAGACCAAUAUUCAGAACUCAGUCGUUUCUGUGGUUAAUAGCACAUCAAAAGCGAAUUUAUCUGUACAGAGUGGAAAUGCAGAUACGUUCAGUUUUCAAGAAAAAAAACACUCAAAUCUUUCGCAAGAGCUGAAAACUGUACAGUGUUCUUCGAUCUCAAAAAUAAACUCAGACUCUUCUAAAUUUACUAGGAAAGAGGAUUUUUUCAUUUUCACGAAGGAAUAUGAAAAAGAAGAGGAUCCCAGAUAUCUUCCUGAUGAUGAAAUCAGUGAUGUCAAGCCCUUUCUUGGAAUAUUUGAUGGCCUUUUGUAAAACUUAUAACGAAAUAUAUUGUAAGUGCUGGGGAAAAGAAGUUACAGUCGCUUUUACAGAGUGAAGCCUUCAAAUUCAGCUAAGAGAAUUUGAUUUCUGUUGUAUACCUAUUUACUAAUAGCUGGAUUGCUGCAUAGGCUAGAUAAUAGCAAAACUGAUGUCUGAUUUGUGGAAUUCUAGGUAUAUUAUCUUAUUUUGAAAAGUACUUAAGUAUUUGUCCUUGCUGUUUUCAGGAUUACAAAGAAAAAUAUUGGAAUAUGUCAAAGGAGAAUAGUUCUCAAUCUGAAGGUACUUUUAUAGAAAAAUUAAAAAUCACAUAAGGGAAAGCAAGCUGUUUAUUAUGUGCCCUGCUCACAAGGACUCUUUAAAUGAAUGAAAGAUUCUUUCUUCAGAAAUUUCUCAGUGCUCGUUUGGUUUUGUCUUUCAGUUUCUGUAAUGCUGAACUUUUUGUAGCAAUGAUUCUGUAAAAUAAUUAGAUUUACAAGUAAAACCAGUAGAAUGGUAAGUUAUUUUAGACUGUAUUGCUUUUUACAGUGUUAUCAACUUGUUAAUAAAAAAUGCAACUUCCUUCAAGCAAAUGUGUUUCCAGGCUCAGCAAACCAGUUGUGAAAUGUCUAUAAACAAUGUUCUAAAGUUGUGUUUGAUACCUGAGGUCAUAAAAUGGACAUUUAUGCAUCAUAGUACAAAUAGUACAUAGUACAUAGUACAAAUCUAGGCAACCAAGCAUUUGAUUUGGUUAUCCUCUUGUAGCUCUAAUGUUUGAACAGUAGACCAGGCAAGUUCAAUAGUUAGAAAAAUACAUUAUAUUGCCUAAAAUACAAGAGAAUGUUAAUUUUCACUGUUAAUUAUUCAAAAUGUGUGGAAUUAAAAUGUUCAAAUGGCCCGUGGAAUCUCAGUUGUCUGUUCUUGCAACAUUGUUUGUGGUGCAACCAAAUGCAACCGUGUUUUGCUGCACUACCUGUUUGUAUUUUUCUCAGCUAGUAACAUUUUACUUGACUCCAAGGCUUCCUGACACUUUUGACUCGCUUUCUGAUAUAACUCUUUCUCCAUACGAAAUGGCAUAGCAGAAGCAGCCUCGACACUCACUAAUCAAUAUGUUUUUGACUGUGUAUAUUCCAGCAGGCCCAAGCUUAUAACUCACUUUGCUGUACUUCAAAUCUUUUGUUGCACCUGGAAGUUACUGUUAGGUGUAUUUCCAUUUUUCUGUGAAAUACUUUGGUAUUUUAUAUAAUGUCUAGAAAGUAAUUGACAUUAUUGCCAUUUUUGCAUCAUUUUUUUAAUUGUCUAAAUAUAACCACUUGGUUUUAGUUAGUUUAUAGGAAUAGGUUUAUUUUUAGACUAUUUCUUCAAAGAAGAUUAUCCCUGCAGGCACGUAUUUUGUUUUCCUCUUAGUUUUCCUCAGUGCAUGAGUUUAGUAGUUAUUAUUGGGUUUCUUCACAAUUCAGGCCGGUUAAUUUUCUAUAUCAAUUCUUUUUCCUUUUGAUUUUUAAAAGGUUUUAAUUUCUAAUUUGAUCCAUAGUCAGAACACAGGAUAACAAAUGCAUUUCUGUACUUUCAAGGCUAUUCAGAGUACUUUGCAGAUGGUUUAUAAGAUCAUUUCCUAUCUCUGUUUUUCAUCCUUGGAAAAUUACAAAAUUGCACUAUUGCUGCUGACAGCAUUUCACAGAUUGCAGAACACAAAUCUUUCAAUACUGCAAUGUCUUGACAGUAAUAUUGAACCUCUGGUGCAAAAACAUUUUUCUAGUCAUAAGUGCUUUAUUUGACAUCGUUUUGCUUCAUUAUUUGUAUUAGCUCUAUGACUUUUUAAAGUCUAAAUCACUUUCAGAAAAAACAGUUUGGAAGUACUGAUAUGCUGAAGUGUUCUCACUCUCAGGAGAAGGAAUAACUCUUUAUAUGGUAGCAUUUGUUAUUGGUUCGUUUUCCAAAUCAUAAUAAUUGAAAGAUCAAAAGUGAUAACCAUAGUAGGUCUCUAUGGCAAUUAAUAAUUGCAGAUACACAGUGACUAUACUUCAAAACAAAUAUAAGCAGAAAGAGCAACCUGACUACAGAAUUAGAAAAACCUAGUCAAAUCCAAAUUAUUUUUAAAUUAAACUUUCAGACAGAGGUAACUCAAAAUUACUAUGCUGCUGUGUUUAACGCAGCAGUCCUUGUCAUGUACAUCCUAGUCACGUCCCACUUCCAUGUUGUGGUGAUUUAAGAAUGCAGAGGUUUACCUUCUGCCCAUCACCAUCUUCUGAUUUCCAUGGAAAUGGAAACUAUGGAACAUAGUCAGGAACUAUGGUAUUUCUCUACAGAUGCUUUAAAUGAAUGACCAGGGACCCAAAAUCCCAGGUCAUACCCAAAGAGGUAGGUAUAGACAUAGGUACAAUGAGCUGUGACUUCAGUCAUUUAACUGAAUCACCUCAGGUGAGAAACCCACUCCUGGACUCCCUGUGUAGCCCCUAGAAAGACGCAGACGCUGUCAGAUGGUUCAGACUGGGGGGGCUGGAUUGCUCUCUGGUGGACCCCCCCAAAUUACCUGUGAUGGAAGUGACCACACGCAGUUAGCAUGGGGAAGCUGGUGUGCUGUGAAUUCAGAGCCAAGCUCACUGAAUAUUGCCUUUCUUGUGCAUGAGAUGCCUGAGUUCGUUUAUCCACAUAAGGACUCAACUUUUCUAACUUGAAUCAUCAAUUUCUGUACAGCAAAAGGUGGCUGCACUCCACUGGUGGUGCUGCUGCAGCUUCCUUUCAGGUGCUGCCCGGAUGAUAAAACAGACUAAUUAAAUUCCACAGGGUUAACAUCAGACAAUUUCACUAAGCUAUUAUUAAUAGAUAAAAUACAGACUAAAAUGCAUGAAAAUAUUGUUAAAGUCUGAAACAAUCAUUGUUUUUAAUUCUGCAUAGGGUUGUAACAUUAGAUGAGUGGCUUGAAUUUGAAUCAUGGGAUUGUGUAAGUAAUUAUUUGGGCAUACAGCAGAAUGCCAAAGACUUUGGUCUGGAGAUGAUUCUAUAAAAUUUACAUUAUAAAAAUACUGUUUCCCGUAAUGGAAUAGUGAAAAAAAAUUCAGUGUGACAAGAAGUCAGAUUUUACUAUCUUACUUGUCUGAUUCUCCAUAAUAAAAUACAUGCUCAUACCUGCUUUUAAUUUAACUUCAACUUCCUUAUACGCUUCCUUGUGCUGUCACAUAUAUUGGUUUCAAAAUAUAAACUGAGGUCAGCUGUUUCUGUGCCUGAAGAAAAUGCAAUAUGCACUCAAAAUCCAUGAUCUUCAAAAAUUGUUAGCAGAAAAAUAAGUAUAGUGUUUAAGCAUGUUGCCAGACAUGUUUGUGUAUAAGGUAUGUUUGUAGCAUAUAGAAUACUGUAAAUCUAUUGUGUCAUUUUAAUUGUAUGCAGCAUGUCCCAUGAUCAUUUUAAUUAUGUAGACUUUAUUCAUGUAUUUGAAGACUUUAAUGAGUUAAACAUUACAGUAAUUGUUAAAGUAAUAACAGUUGUGACAAGUCAGGCUCGUUAUUUGGGUAUAUUUUUACUCAGAUACGUCUUCACAGAAUAGUUACAUGAGGUAUAAAGAUUGGUGCUAUUAAAGGCAGUCAGUGUAAUGAUAAAGAGUGAACAAAAGCCACCAUAUGGAACCAAUAUGCACCUGAAAAAUAGUUUAGUCAUUUUGUAAAGCACAAAUGAUACCUCUCCAAGGCAUUGUUAUGACAGAAUCAGUGGUAUCCCUUCUAAAAGGAAGGGUAUCUUGCAUUAUCUCUUUAUGUCACCCCUUCUGCUUUUUAUGUGGAAGCAAGAGAGCAGUAUCAUGUCAGUUGUUUUACUGACACAAUCUUUAAAUUAUAUCCAUUAAAUGAGAUCCAUGAAUGCCUGGGUUUUCUCUAGCUCCUUUGCUUAAUAAGGAAAUAGAAAAGGAGGUACUAGUUGCGGUAAAAUUCACUUCCUGCAGAGGACUAACACCACAUUGAUUUUAUUGAAGGCUUACACGAGAACAAACUGAGGCACGCAGAGUGUGCUGAUAGUUGGCAGUGAUGAAGUUCAGCCUGACUGAAAAAAAAUAAUCUAGAAAAAGGGCAGUGGUGUACUGUCUGCCACUGUUGGGCUGAGAUAAGGGCCACCCUGGCUGAACCAUGUUUCUAUAUUUGUUCUUUAAACCUGUAUGAGAUAAAACUGUAUCUGUCCAAGCCCUCAAGGAAUUUCUUCCUGUGUUUAACAUAUGCUGCAUGGAGCUAGCAUGUAAUGAUGAUACGGACUGUCCUUUUGAUUGAUGCUACAUGGCAAUUUCUACAUUUUAGAUAGUAGAGCAUAGGGAAAAAUGCAAAACAUC